UUGUAAAUUAGUUGCAAUAAUAAUUUCAUAACAAAAGCGUGUAUAUUUCGUGGUAAAGGAAUAACGAAAAAAAAAAAACUUAGUAAAAAUAUGUCUAAUACAAAUCCUUUGAAUGUUACCGUAAACUCUACCAUGGCAACUCUUAUAAAUCAAACGGUAACGGUUUUGAAUCUAAAUACCACUCAAUCAACACCUUUUAUAAAUUCAACAUGGAUUCCUUAUAACGACUCUUCGGUAUAUCCAAAUGUAAACUCUAGUACUAAUGGCUAUUUACCCUGGUAUUGGAAUAACUCGGUAUAUAAUCCUCCGGUGUAUACUCCCUAUUGUCCCGAUUGUUAUCCUAACUAUGUUACCAUCGAUCCACCAUUGAUUACAUAUUCCUAUACGUAUUCAUAUGCUUAUUAUGUCUUGUUACUUUUGCUAUUAAUUGUGGCGAUUAUUUGCAUUAAGAUUGGUAUAUCACGUCGCAAGGAAUUGGAACGACGAGCGGCUGCUCAACGUAGAAGAGCGCUGCAACAAUCUCAAAAUGCCUAUAUUGUAACUAGCGACAACUCCAACAACAACAAUAAUAACAGUCCAGAUACGGAGGCCAAAGAAUUUGAUUUACCACCUGCUUACAACGAAGUGGUGCAAUCCUACAUAUUGGCUAAGCAGCAACAACAAGAACAAUCCGGAGAAAAUUCCACAACUGAUGUAGCAUCGGGCAUGACAACCAAUCCCUCUACGAACACUAUUUCAACAGCUAUUUCGACAUUAACCAUCGAUACUGAAAUAUCAAAUAGUAACUAUGCUAGCGCUGUAAAUUUAAAUAUUCCCUCUACUUCAAGCAUAAUGACAGAGACAACUGUGAUAUCUAAUCCACCGGCUAAUCGUUCAGCAAUUGCAGCAGCAGCAGCUUCUGCAUCUUCCCCACCGCCUUCUUAUGAUCAUCUUGAAAUUGAAAUGUCCUCAACGAAAAUCAACAAUGAUCAUAUUGUUUAGUUUUAUUGUAUUUGGGUUUUAUUGAGCAAUAUUUCUUUUAAAUAUUCUUAUUUUAUUGUUGUUAAAUUGUAUGCAAAAUAAUAAAAACGAAAAAGGU